ACUGUUCUAAGCGGCUUCAAAAUGAAUCCUGGAGGAGCCCUCCUGGGAGGCUCAGGCCACGGGUGGAUGGAUACUCAGCGGCUCCCAGGAGGUGCAGAGGUUAGGGGAAGCGCCAAGCUGGAACUGCACAGCCAGCACUCCCCGCCGCUUUGCUUGCACUUCUUGAUGGUCCAAGUACUCCCGGGCUCUCCCCAGAUCUUCCCCUCACCCUCUCCGAGCUCUCCGACUCCUCCCCCGCCGUCUCAGCUCUCCCACCUAGCCCGCUAGGGGUCCCCGGUCCCGCUCCGCGCUCUGCGCGCUCCCUGCGCGCAGCCCCUAGCGGUGGGUCUUGUGAGGCCGGCCUCAGCGCGCCUCCCUCCCUUUUUCCUCCCUCCCUCCCUCCUCUCCGUGCUCCCCAGCCCUGCGCGAUCCAGCUUGGGGAGGCGGGGAAGCUGCCCGAGCGCGACCGCAGCGGUAGCCACCCUGCAAGCCGCCAGCCGGAGGCACAGUCCCUAGGCCCUAGAGCCCGGGGAGGCCCCCGGGGAAUCGGCACUGCUGGAGAGAGCUGCGAGGCCCGCCCCUGCCCGGCGCGGAGGGCGCGGAGUUUCAUCAUAUUGUUUGGAAGACCAAGAAGCCAGUACUUGUUUGGUGUCACUGAAGUGUUAAUACCUAGCUGAAUGCCUGGGGGGUCAGGCUCAAAAAGACACUGGAUGGGAGAAUGGUUGGGGAUGGAUGGAUAUCCCUGGUCAUCUUGGAAGAGUCCAUAUCAUGGAAUCGAUCUCCAUGAUGGGAAGCCCCAAGAGUCUUAGUGAAACUUUUUUGCCUAAUGGGAUAAAUGGUAUCAAAGAUGCAAGGAAGGUCACUGUGGGUGUAAUCGGAAGUGGGGAUUUUGCCAAAUCCCUGACCAUUCGACUUAUUAGAUGUGGCUAUCAUGUGGUAAUAGGAAGCAGAAAUCCUAAAUUUGCUUCUGAAUUUUUUCCUCAUGUAGUAGAUGUCACUCACCAUGAAGAUGCUCUAAUAAAAACAAAUAUAAUAUUUGUUGCUAUACAUAGAGAACAUUAUACCUCCCUGUGGGACCUGAGACAUCUGCUUGUGGGUAAAAUCCUGAUUGAUGUGAGCAAUAAUAUGAGGGUAAACCAAUAUCCAGAAUCCAAUGCAGAAUAUUUGGCUUCAUUAUUCCCGGACUCCUUGAUUGUGAAAGGAUUUAAUGUUAUCUCAGCUUGGGCACUUCAGUUAGGACCUAAGGAUGCCAGCCGGCAGGUUUAUAUAUGCAGCAAUAAUAUUCAAGCUCGACAACAGGUUAUUGAACUUGCCCGUCAAUUGAAUUUCAUUCCCGUUGACUUGGGAUCAUUAUCAUCAGCCAGGGAGAUUGAAAAUUUACCCCUGCGACUAUUUACUCUCUGGAGAGGGCCAGUGGUGGUAGCCAUAAGCCUGGCCACAUUUUUCUUUCUUUAUUCUUUUGUCAGAGAUGUGAUUCAUCCCUAUGCUAGAAACCAGCAGAGUGACUUUUAUAAGAUUCCUAUUGAGAUUGUGAAUAAGACCUUGCCGAUAGUUGCCAUUACUUUGCUGUCCCUGGUCUACCUGGCAGGUCUCCUGGCAGCUGCUUAUCAGCUUUAUUAUGGCACCAAGUAUAGGAGAUUUCCACCGUGGUUGGAGACCUGGUUACAGUGUAGAAAACAGCUCGGAUUAUUAAGCUUUUUCUUCGCUUCGGUCCAUGUUGCUUACAGCCUCUGCUUACCAAUGAGAAGAUCGGAGAGAUACUUGUUUCUCAACAUGGCUUAUCAGCAGGUUCAUGCAAAUAUUGAAAACUCUUGGAACGAGGAAGAAGUCUGGAGAAUUGAAAUGUAUAUUUCCUUUGGCAUAAUGAGCCUUGGCUUACUUUCCCUCCUGGCAGUCACCUCUAUCCCUUCAGUGAGCAACGCUUUAAACUGGAGGGAAUUCAGUUUCAUUCAGUCUACCCUUGGAUAUGUCGCUCUGCUCAUAAGUACUUUCCAUGUUUUGAUUUAUGGAUGGAAACGAGCUUUUGAAGAAGAGUACUACAGGUUUUAUACACCACCAAACUUUGUUCUUGCUCUUGUUUUGCCCUCAAUUGUAAUUCUGGGUAAGAUUGUUUUACUCCUUCCAUGUAUAAGCCAAAAGCUAAAGAGAAUUAAAAAGGGCUGGGAAAAGAGCCAAUUUCUAGAAGAAGGUAUUGGAGGAGCAGUUCCUCAUCUCUCACCGGAGAGGGUUACAGUAAUGUGAUGAUAAAUGGUGCUCCCUGCUGCUAUAUGAAGUUCUCCUUAUGCCAUUAUUUUUAUAACUUGCUUUAUCUUCACUUGCAAGUGCACUGUCAAACUGCUGUAGGCUGAAACCUGUUCAAUGAGAUCUCAACUGAAUUAAUGGUAGAAUUUUCUUCAAAUUUGUUUUCCCUAAUGUCACAUUUUGCAAAUAUGAAUUUUUGUAGUCAAUUUAUGUUGACACAUAGGUAUGUUUUGUUUUGUACAAUUGUAAUGUUAUUGUUAUUUUAAUAAACUUUAUUCCAUAAUCAGGCAGAAAUAUUUGUAGUUAAUAAUAUAGAUACAACAUAAUGUUAAAAAAAAAACUGUGCAAACCAGCAGAACUUCAAGUUUUAAUAUAAUGUGAUGGAUAUUUUUUCCUGAAGCUUAAGUAAGAUUCUAAUUAUUAUUCAGCUUAAGAAAUAGAAAUGCAUAACAUACAUUAUUUUUAAAAAAGGACACAUUAGGUUAGCAUCUAGGUAAGGGUAUAUGUUAACAUCCCUAUAUUUCUUUCAUAAGAUAGGGUUUGAACCAAUGUGAUUUGUGAGCAAAUACAAAGAGACAAACUGAACUUGAAAUUAUAUUUAAGACACAUUGUAGAAAUGAAAUAUAUACUGGUAAUGUGUACCUCAUGAAAAGAGUUAUUCUUUAUCUUGUUGCAGAGCAGUUUUAUUUGCAUAUUAAUAUACUGACCAGGGAGAAGACAGUAAUAUAUGGCCUCCAAAACUGAUUUUUCUAAUUUAAUACCAAUCCUGGGAAUCUUAUAAUUAUUUCUAGUUAGAGGGAAAGCGUUAAGUUUACAUACGAGUAGUUGUUUAUCAGCUGAGUUUUGCUGUUGCACCUUAGCCAGUCAUACUCUGAAUGAUAUAGGAUUUUACUGACAUUCAUUAAGGGAUUAUAACAUGCCAGGCACUGUUCUAAGCACUUUAUGUAUAUUUUCCCAUACAGUACUUACAACAGCCCCUUGACAGAGGUGAUUAUCCUCAUUUUACAUAUAAGGAUACUGGAUGGAGGACAGAAAAGUUAAGUAAUUUGCUCAAGGUCAUGCCAGAGCUGGUACAAGUCCAGGCAGUCAUAUUUCAGAGGCUAUAGUUUUAGCCACUAGGCUGUUUGGCCCCUGCCCCAUCCCCAUGCAUUCCAAUCUAGAUGCUUCCUCUUUAGUAUAAAGGCACUGACAUUCUUUACCGGGUGUCAAAAGAUACGUGAAGAUACAAUUGUAAAUUUAUCCUUGCUUGGGGAUAUAAUUCACACUUACCCUAGGAAAGAAUCUUGCCUGGGACAGGACCCUAGAGAUCAGUGGCAGUCCAUACACCUCCUUAUGCACCGAGGGACUCCAGUAGAGAUAGGACUGUAGUAGUAGUUAACAGCGGAGGCAGAGUCCUGAAAGUCCCUGUAGAUUUGGUCAUCUCUCUCUCUCUUCUUGAGACGUCCUCCUGCCUACUCAGCCCUUCAUUAGGGAGCAGUUUGCAACUAUGAAGGAUAUUUAGAUGAGUGGGUUAAUUAUGAAACUACUCUAGAGACAUAGAAUCAUACAAAUUAUUCAUGAAUUUUUUCAGUACUGACAUUACACAUUAAAAUUGCAUUUUGUUCAUACUUUGGUUAGAAAGUCCUACAUUUUCCCCCUAUUUGCUCUUUCUUUAUUAAAAGAGAAAGUUGCAAACAAGAUACAAUGAUAUGUAUUCCUCUUCCUGAAAUGUUAACAUUUUAAAACCUACCCAGUAAGGUUCUACUGAAACCAGCUGCCAAAAAGAAAAGGACUUUUACUCAGUAGAAGCUACCUUUCUCACCAAUGGCUCGCUCCCUACCACCAAAUCAUGUCAGUUUGGUAAACUGCUCAUGAUUCUCUGAUAUUCUCUCCUUGGUGAAUUUUAGUAACUUGUACUUUUUAAUUGAGCUUUUCAUUUUAAUUGUAGCCUUUCCGUCUUGAUAAUCAUUUACUUGUUAGUUCUCAGCAGGAAUUCAGUGGGGUGAUAACUUCAAGGUAAUAUCUAUAAACUAUAUAGUGGACUUGUGAAAUUAACUACGUAUUUGUAAUAAUUUCUUGUCCCUUCAGUUUCACUCCAUUUAAGCCCAUGCUUUUGCCAGUUAAUGUGAAAAUACAGUGAAAUAGUUUUAAAACUUAGACUACUAUUGAAGUAUAUUUAUAUUGUUGCAUGUAUAUAUUAAUUAGCUAGUAAGAUAAAAUUAUCACUAUUACAGAUAAAUGGGGCCUUGAAAAUAUGAAAAAGUGAAGUUUAUGAAGUGUAUGUAAGAUGUAACCAUUUGUUUGAAAUGGUAAUAUCUUCUUUUGAGUACUACAAAGCUGACAUAAUUUUGAAGUUUUAGAAUAAAUAUAAUAUGUGCAUGCUCAGUCACUAAGCCAUGUCCAACUCUUUGCAACCCCAUGGACUAUAGCCUAACAGCCUCCUCUGUUCAUGAGAUUUCCCAGGCAAGAAUACUGGAGUGGGUUACCAUUUCCUUCUCCAGGGGAUCUUUCCAACCCAUGGAUCCAACAUUGGCAGGUGGAUUCUUUACCACUGAUCCACCAGGGAAACCCAAGUGUAAUAUGUUCAUUAUAAUUCUAAAUGUUUAAAAGCUUUUCUAAAAGUGGAAAAAUACUGACUUUUAAUUGCUUUACUUAAAUAACUUUUAACUGCUUUAUUUUACUACUUCCUACCUGAUUACUUUUCUUAAUCAUCAUUUCUCAUAAUCAUUCUUUAGAAAUCAUUACUCUGACCUCAGACAUAUGACUGAAUUUUGCUCUUGCUAGAUGUGAGAAAGUAGUGGGAACUUUAAAGUAGGAGACUUGUUUUUCCUAAACUAUAUUUUGAGAAGUGUCCCUGAGAAAAUUAUAAGAAUGUAGAAAAUAUAUCUAGUUCUGAAAGUGAAAGUCGCUCAGUUGUUUCUGACUUUUUGCGACCCCAUGGACUAUGGAGUCCAUGGAUUUCUCCAGACCAGAACACAGGAGUGGGUAGCUUUCCCUUCUCCAGGGGAUCUUCCCGACCCAGGUAUCGAACCCAGGUCUCCACAUCGCAGGCGUAUUCUUUACUAGCUGAGCCACAUGGGAAGCCCUAGUUUUAAUCCUAUGCAAAAUAAUUAAUUUUUUUCCUAAGAGGGAAUUAAUUAUUGGACUGAAUCAUGCUACCUAGCUUUUAUGCGCAGAUUUCAUAUGUCUCCUCUAUUAAGGAUAUUUAAAAUCAUGCUUAAAUAGGAAUAUAUUCAUGUUAGCAUAUAUUUUUCAAAGCAUAUAUAGAAAGAAGCAUAGAUUGUCUACAGGUAGAGUUUUUAUUUAAAUUUUGAAAUAUUUUAAAGUAUGAAUAAAUUAUAUUUAUAGGUAUUUAUCAGAGAUAAUUAUUUUGUGCUAUAUAGGGAUUGGUUAGUGAGCUCCAGUGCUAAACUACCUGAUUAAUUUCUUAUAAAUUAGCAUAAUUUUGAGUUGAUUAAGGGAUUUUACUUUCAAAAUUAAUUUGCUAAUAGUAGCCUAACCUAUAUUCAUUCUUACAGUGAAAUUAUGAAAAUUAUUUGUGUAAAAGGGCUUUUGAGAAUAUAUCAUAUCCAAUUUUUUAUUGUUUAUCUCUUAGUAAUGUGAUAGAAUCUUAAUUAUUUUUAAUUACCUUUUUUUAAUAUAAAUUUAUUUAUUUUAAUUGGAGGCUAAUUACUUUACAAUAUUGUAUUGGUUUUUGCCAUACAUUGACAUGAAUCUGCCACGGGUGUACAUUGCCAUUAAACUAUUUCAUAAAAAAUUCUGUACAUAGAGGUUCCCCCUGCCAAAAAGUUUUUAUUUAUGAAAUUUAAAGUUUCUUAUGUGAUGUUUUAAACAAAGUGCCAUCAGUGUAAUUCAUAAAUAUUUCUUUAGGAAUACUAUGAACACUGAACCUGUGUCAAUCUAUAAAAUCUCUAUUUUGAAAUUAGUAUUUAAACAGCCUAAAAUGUUGCAUUGAAAUUAUUUUGUACGUUCGUGACUUAAAGUAGUGUAACACGUAGUAUAAUAACCCGAGCCUGGUGUUAAGAUUUAUAUUUGUGAUGUGUUGUCGUGAAAAUGAGCUGCUCCACCCUCAGUUGUUCAUAAGCCACUAAAGCAAAUUCUGAUACAUAUUCAUUAUAUGUAAUUGCUCUAAAUGAAACUAAUAAUUUUAGUGGAAACAAUUUGUUCAUACUUUUGAACAGUGAAUUUUAUAGAAACAAAUAGCUUCUUCAAUUUUGUUUUAAGCAAAUUUCUAAAGUGCUAAUAUUCAGAGAUUCUGUCAAUAUGUUACCAAAAAACAUUUAGUUUAGCUGAAUACAUGUACACACCACAUUCCCCCGUACCAUGGUUUCAUUUUCUGUGAUUUCAGUUACUCACAAUCAACUGUGGUUUGAAAAUAUUAGAUGGAAAAUUCUAAAAAUAAACAGUUCAUAACUUUUAAAUUGUGUAACAUUCUGAAUAGCAUGGUGAGAUCUUGGGUGUUCCCACUCCAGCUGGCCUAGGACAUGAAUCAGCCCUCUGUUCAGUAUGUCCUUCCCUUAGUUACUUGGUAGCUGUCUUGGUUAUCAGAUUGGCUGUUGUGGUAUUGUAGUGCAUGUAAUUCUUAUUUUACUUAAUAAUGGCCCCAGAGUACAAGGGUAGUGAUGCUAGGAAUUCAGAUAUGUCAAAAGGAAGUUGUAAAGUGUCCCCUCUAAGUGAAAUGGUGAAAGUUUAUGACUUAAUAAGGAAAGAAAAAAAAUUGUAUCCUGAGGUUGCUAGGAUAUAUGGUAAGAAUGAAUUUCCUAUCUAUGAAACUGUGAAGAAGGAAAAAGAAAUUCAUGCUAGUUUUACAUUGCACUUCAUACUACGAAAGUUAUACAGUGUGUGACAAGUGCUUAGUUAAGAUGGAAAAGACAUUAUAUACAAUAAGAGAUUUUGAGAGAGACAGACUACAUUCACUUUUGCUACAGUACUUUGUUAUAAUCUUCCUAUGUUAUUAUUUGUAUUUUGUUGUAAUCUCUUACUGUGCCUAAUUUAUAAAUUAAACUCUGUCACAGGUAUGUGUGUAUGGGGGGAAAAACAUAGUGUAUAUACAGUUUGGAACUAUUAGUGACUUCAGACAUCCACUGGGGGUCUUGAAACAUCCCCUGUGGAUAAGGGGAGGGCUAUUGAACAGAUUUUUUUUUUUUAACUUCCCAAAUCAUUGGAUUAACAUCAUGCAGUCAUCCAAAAUUAGGGCGGACUAUUUGGAUUCUCCCAAUGGCUAGAUGGGCUAAUAUAAAUGACCAAAGCAGAUGUUUUUUUAAUGAUUUCCAAAUUGCCAACUUCAAGGAUGAUUCUCAUAUUUUCUUUAAAGGUCUUUCAUAGUUUUGCAGAUACUGAGUCUGAAGGGGGACUGGAAUUGUCUCCCUGUGUCUAGUUACCCUACUUUAAAAGCUGCUGCCCAUCACAUUCCUCAACAGCCCUCGCAGUUAAGUCUUCAUUUGUGACUGAGUGUGGACCAGUGAGUGUAGAGGUGCAAAUAACUGAAUUCUUAGAAGUCUCUUCAAAGAAAAGCAGCAUGUGUUCCUUUAUCUUAUUCCUCUGUCUUGCUGCCAGAACUGUCGUAUAAUAGGAACUCUUGCAAAUAUCCAAGAAGACCAAGACUAAACCCUAAGGAAGGCAUGUUAGAAAUUAAAAAGGUCUUGACUGCUUCACUACUUUGACUGCCUUUUCCUGUAUUUGAUUCAUUGUAAAUUUGGGUUUCUUUAUAUGAAAUCAAAAUUAAUCCAUCCUGGCCUUCAGUUCUUUAUUACAAUACCGUAUAACACUGUUUGAAUAAACUAGAUUGCAAUAAUUCUUAUGUUUAAAAGUUUUUAAAGGAUAGUGUGCAGUUCACAUUAGAACUGAUUUUCCAUUGUUAAUUAAUUAUACUCAUUUUCCUGCUUUUAUCUUUCAUUGAGUAUUUUGUAUCUGCUUAGAAAAUACUGUCUUCUUUGUAACUGUGUAAUAGAUAUUUGAUAAAACUCCAUAAUCUCCAAAAUACCAUUAUCAAACUAUAUGCCAUGUUUUUAUAUCAUUCUCAUAGAUCUGCCUUAUAAACAUCUAAAUAAAAAUGUACUAUUUAAUGUGA